AUGCUUGUAUCUUUCUCCCACCGCCAACGCUUCUGCCGCUUCUCGCUGUCGCGCUUUUGCAAUCCUUCCCCUUCCACCCCCCACCCCUUCUGUUCCCAAAUCCGCCCCCCUUUUCCCUCCCUUCAGAGCACCAGCCUGUGGUGGUCGGUGCCUCAGCUGCCGCAGCACCACAAGACCAACCUCUUCUCUGUCAUCGCAGCCUCUAUCACCUCCCUCACUCGCCAACAGCACUCCGCUGCUGCUGCUGCGGCGGGAGUCUCAGCAGGGGCUGAAGGAGCAGCAUGGGGGGUGGUCGCAGGAGGGGGAGUGUCAGCGGAAGGUGGAGGGGUGGGAAUGGGUUCAGAUGGGGGGGGAGGGGUGUCGGAUCACACGAUGCUGGUGCAGAGUAUGAAGCUGGCGCUGGCGGAGAUGCAGGUGGCAGGGCGGUCAGGCACUGGCAGUGCUCAGGACAUUGGGUCACCACUGAACGUGGCUGUAGCAUCUGUCAUCACGGCUGUAGCAGCUGCGUCCACUGCACUGGCUCUGGACGAGGUUUUCUGUGUGCCUCAGCCACCACUGCAUCUCAUUGCCGAUGCCUUCGGCCAGAUGGCAAAGAAUAGACCUGCCGUGUUCCGUGCAAUGUGGCCGAAUGUUUUGAGGAAGAUUGUUCCACAGCUGCUGACGGUUACAGAGACCACCAAGCACGUCUUUGCUGAUGCAAUCGCCCAUUGGUGCCGGGCAUUCAUGCACGGGCAAGGCAUGGCUGUGGUGCUAGCGCUUCAGGAGAGGCGAAGUAGGGAGGCGAGUGGGGAGGGGAAUCAGGAGGGCGGAGCACCGUUGGAUGAGCUGAGGAAUAUUCCAUGGACGGGACAUCGCACUCUGAAUCGCAUGGCGUUUCAUGUGCUUCCUUACUGCGUUUGCCUUCCAUUCCUGUGCAUCGACCCAUUUGUCCCUGUCAGUGCCCUCCUGCAAUCGGCAUUCGACCUUUUCCUGCAGCGCUGGCUCCUCUCCUCCUCCUCACCGGCCCGGCUAUCGACAGCCAAGGCCAUGGCGGAGAUGGCGUUUCUGCUGCAGGAGAGCUACCUGCGAUCCACGCUCAGUGCGUUGCUACCCGCCCUUCGCUCCCUGUACGGCAAGGAGCCAGAGGAGUAUCAGCACGUACACGUUACAGACAGCCUCAGUACCCUCUUGAGAGCUCUCCUGGGCGGCAGUCCAGACCCAGACGGCAGCGGUGACAGCAGCAGCAAGAGUGGCGGUGGCAGUGGGGGACCUGAGCAGAGGCUAUCUGGGGAAGAGCAGGCUUUAUCUGGGGCAACAAGAGAAGCAGAUGCUAGCGCGGCUGCUACCUCAUCAAUCCCCUCCCCAUCCCAGGUGCUGCUCCCCACGCUGGAGUUCCUGCUCGCCCUGAUAGGCCACUACACCAGUCGCCUGAGCUCCAACGCGGCUGAUAUCCGCAUCACCAUCACUGGCCUCAACACAGCCAUGCGGUGCGCCAUGACCAUCACAGAGGCGUUUCCGCAACACGCAAGCGCCUUUGCCAUCCAGAGGGCGGCUCACAGAGGGGUGGACGUGCGGAUCAGGCAGGGGGCUCUGGUUCUGCUGCGCCGCAUUGUGACCAGCAUGCCUCAAGUGUGGGCGGGAAACGAGGAGCAGUUCUGCCAGGGAGCAAUCUACAUCGUCCAAUCAGAGGAGGCCAUGGAGAGCGCGCAGGACACGUCAGCACAGGAUAUUUUCGCUCUGGGGAUGUGUUGCUGCUGGCUCUGCUACGAUCGCUGGUCAAGUCAAGCCUCGACUGCAUCUUGCCACUGGUCCUGCAAUGCUUAUCAACGAUCAUCGCUCGAAAGACACCCUCUGCUGCCCCUGAAGCGGGGGAAUCUCGAACCUGGGACUGGAGUGCCAGCCAGUGGAACAUGCAGGGUCGAGGGGACGGCCAGUGGCUAUGGGAGUGAGGGAGAGAGUGAUGGAGGGGACGCAGGUGGUGGUACAGUGGUCGCAGCCGAAAAGGUGGAGAGUGCCGAGAGGGAGAUUCGGGGGCUUUCCCAGUUCAAGCUGCCGCCUCUGGAGGUAGGUGGGAUGGAGGGGAUGACUACUGCCGAGGGAGGGAAUGCAGGGGGUACAGUGGGUGCAGCCAGUGGUGUGGUAGAGAAGGUGGAGAGUGCGGAGAGGGAGAUUCGGGGGCUUUCCCAGUUCAAGCUGCCGCCUCUCGACGUAGGUGGCGGCAGUGCAUCUGGAUGUGGUGGUCGCCACCUUGGAGCAAGUCCUCCACUUCAACUCCCUCUCAAACCUGCGACAAUGUGUUGUGGCGUUGCCUUCCCUCUGCCUCCUCAACUCCCUCUGUGUCUCCUCUCUUCCCAACCUUAUCGCUCUCUGCAGGUGGCGGCGGUGCAUCUGGACGUGGUGUGCGCGCCACCUUGGAGCAAGUCCUCGACUCGACUCCUACUCCGUCUGCAACUUGCAGCACUCAACCCCUGUGUCUCCUUGCUUCUCGCCUCUGCCUCUCAACGUCCUCUCUCUCUCUGCCAUCAGGUGGCGGCGGUGCAUCUCGACGUGAUGUUGGCCACCUUGGAGCAAGUCCUCGACUCUUACUCUGUCUCUAACCUGCAACGCAUAUACCAGUUUGUGAAAACCCUCGGCUCUCAAUCGGCCAUCUUCAUCCCCAAAACCUCCUCCUCUUCCGCCUCUUCCUCUACCUCCUCCUCCUCCUCCGCUUCCUCUGCCCCCAAGCUCGCUCUCCCUCCUCUCGAGCGCCUGUUCAAGAAGGAGACUGCCACGUCAGCAGCUGCUGACUUCCUCCGGGACCCGCUGAUGCAUGAUGACGUGUGCGCUGCGCUGGCGCUGACGUACCGCUACACGGUGGCCUUCUCGGAAGCUUCCGUGGUGGAUUCGCGAAUCAGAACACUGCUGGAUGCGAACGUGUUUGCUCCCUUAGCUGCAGUGACGUCCCUUCCAGCCAAGACAGCCGUGGCUCAAUCCAUCCUCACACUCGCCUCUGCUCCUCUCACUGCCCCUCCAUCUGCUCUCACCGCUCCUCCACCGCCCCUUUCAAGUGCUUAUCCUGCCACUCAUUUAGCCCCGGUCCUUUCAACUUCAAGUACUCAUGCAACUGCUUCCUCCCAACCACAAACCACAGCCAUCAAUCUCAAGAGUCGAGACGAUCUUAUCAGCAGCUGCCUCCAUUUCCUCCCCCCCAUCCCGUCCUCUCACCCUCUCGUGCCAUCCUCCGUAUCCUCCUCCUCCUCUUCCACCUCCUCACCUCUUCCCACCUCCUCAUCCUUGGCUUCAUACGCUUCCUCUACGUCCUUCUUUCAGUCCCCUCUCGCUGCUCCAACUCCCAUCUCUUUCCCCGGACCAAUGAGCACCUCUGUACCAAACGCAGCCCCAGGCUCGGCAGCAGGCUCAGGUGUAGGCUCGGGGUUAGGCUCAGCAACAGGUGGUGUUGCUGCGCCGAGGUUUAUAGUGAGGAUAAGGGGAGCUGGUGGGGGCACAGGGGGAGCUGGUGGGGGCACAGGGGGAGCAGGAGGGGGAGGGGGGGCGGGAGGGGCAUACAUGUUAGAAGAGGAGGAGGUGCGGCUUCAGAUGGCAUGUGUGCGGGCAUGCACGGCCCUGAUUCGGUCUCACCCACAGCUCACUUCAGCUGUUCGCAAGAGUGUGCAGGUGAGCAGAGGGGCAGGUGAGCAUAGGGGCAGUUCCAUGCGCUUUCACUUGGGGAGCAGGGGCUGCCGGGUUGUUGUAAGGAAGAAGUUUGCUGCUUUCUCGAAGCUAGCAGUGGUGGAGUGCGGUCCAUGGAAAGGCUGCAAGAGCAACCCCCCCCAUCACGCCCCUCCCUCAAUCUCGGGCAUCACGUGGCAGUCGUUCUGCCAUUCUGGCUCCUCGCAGGGGGAGAUGCUGGAGGGGGCAGAGGAACGGCGGGCACUGCUGUUUGAAGCUGCUGUGGAGUGCGUUGCCCAUGUGCUGACGGCAGAUGAGAACCAGGGACGGCAAGCACACGAGGAGGGGCACUUGCAGGGUGGUACAGCAGCAGCAGCAGCAUCGGAGUGUGAAUACGUGGGGAGUGUGGUGAGCCGCUGCAUGGAAGCCGUGCUCAGAAUCGUCUCCCUCAGAGGCCACCAGCUGCAGCAGCAGGGGGAAUCUGAAGAGGGUUCAUUGCAGUCAGAAGCGCACGGCUCAAAGCAGCUGCAGCUACAGCUGCAGGAGGAGCGGCAGGAGCAGCAGGACAGAGCGGGGAGGAUCAUAGAGCGCAUCGUGUCAGCCGCCCUUGGGUGUCACUACCGCUCUGCGCGCCUGCCUGCCUUUGCUGCGAUCUGCUCUUUGGCAGCUUCCUGCGACCCCCCUGCCCUGUUCCGCUGCGUGCUACAACAUGUGGAAGAAACUUCUGGGAAGCUGCCAGCGCUUGAAGAGCUUGUAGAGGAGAUUGCUCGGCACCCCUCCCUCGGAUCUCAGCUGUUCCACCUUCUCCUGCCGAAGCUCAUCGCUGGCUUCAACAGCCUGGGCGGCCAUUCGAACUCUUGCGCUGAUGCUCAGGCAACCAUCACCCAGCCUCAAGCGAGCAGCACUGCCCUACACCAUCCCCACCGUCCACACCCUUCACCUGCUGCUCUGUGCUCUCGCCAUCGACACCAAUACUAUCUGGGCCAUCUCCUUCGCUGUCCCCCCGCCAUGCCCCCUCCGUCUCUCCCCUGCAGGUGCCCAUCGACCAACCUCCAGCAAGCAGCACUGCCCUACACCAUCCCCACCGUCCACACCCUUCACCUGCUGCUCUGUGCUCUUGCCAUCGACACCAUCGCCUCUCGCCCCGAGGCUGCUCUCUCCCCCACUGGACCCCUGAGCAAGCGGAUUAACGAUGCCAUCACAGCACCUGAAGGAGGGUUGUGGUCCAGCGACCCUUUCCUGCUGGUUUAUGGCGCUCUCCGCUCAGUGGCUCAUUUCUUCAACCAUCAACCUCUCAUCGAGGCACUCGAAACCUACUCAACUGACAGCCUGAGCCAGAAGGGAACAGCAGAUGGGGGCACCAGCGGGAAAGCGAGCAGCAGGAUUGACGUGACUGCAGGGCAGCUGUCGGUGCUGUGUGGACUGGUGGCGGCCCUCGUGGGAGCCAUGCUGACUGCGGGGGAGCAGCAGGGUGAUAAGGUGGUAUCCAUUGAGGCUUUUCUCGCUCAGGCUGCGGAGUGUGCCAGUGUAUACAAGUAUAUCACAGAUGCUGCUCUCAUAUGCCAUGCCAUGAGCGUGGGGUGGAGAACAAACGCCCCUGAUCUGGAGACAACAAUGGCAUGGCAACUGGAGCGUUUCCAGGAAGCUUCUUCUGCUGCUCGUGCUGUCAUCCUGCUUAUUCUCUCUAAGUCCUCAUCCCCACCGUCCUCCGUGGCUCAUGGCAUUCUCUCCGCUGCAUCUCUCUCCCUGCAAGAUCCAAGCUCCAUGGUCUCGCUUGCUGCUACCAUCUGCGCGCACCAG